AUGACCAGGGACACCCUUGGUGUCUACCCUUUGACCAUGCAUGGAAUGAUUCCAGGUAGCACAGACAUUCUGGAACGAAGCAUCAACAUGAACUUCAAAUUCAAGCUGCGUUCACAGCAUGCUCCCGCUUUAAUAACCUGCCCCUUUUUUCUGGUCCCUUUUGCAAGUUUGCUUCCAGAAACACCUUCAAUUCAGCCCAUGAUAAUUCCCUACAUCAUUCUCUUCUUGCUGAAAAUGGCAAGAGUCAAAAAUGCCUUAUGUCCAACACCAACGAGGGCUGUCCUGGCAUCGGAUGACAUCGAGGACCUGAGUUCUUAUAACCAAACUGCCCCGCUGAAGCUGCCCACUCCGCUCCGCACACCUGCACUCAGAGGCGGCCCUGGUGGGACAUCGCGGGGUAGGGACUCAAGAAACAGGUUUAGCAAACAAGCGAGGCCGAUCUUCCAGCCACACUGUCUCAGCAGACACCGCGCCCGCCACUGCGGGGUCCAGCCCCGCACCCGACUCUUCGUGGAGGAGGGAGCUCAGGAGGCGAGGGACGCCUCUCAGGGGGCCGAGGAAGUCGGCGGCGGCCGGCCGGCUGCGCCCACACACCUGGCGGGGGAGAGCCCACCAUCUGCAGGUGAGGAAGGGGCCUGCCUCUCAGGCGCAGCGCACACCCCACCUCGCCCUCGCCGGGUCGGUGUCCGCAGCGACGCGCCGGGGACCGAGGAGACAAGCUCGGCGGGUUCGUGGGCGCGGGCAGGGUCGACGGCCGCAGCGCGGUACCUUUGCCGGAAGAGCGGGCAGCCGCCGAGGAGCCUGCGCAGCUCGUUCUUGAGGCUCCAGAAGUUGCCGUCUAGGGAAGAAGUACAAGAUGGGAAGCUCACUGAUCACGUGGACGCCAAGGACUGUGGUCUUUGUGAGGAUGAUGGAGACAACAAAAGAAAAGCCUUGAAAGGACUGUCCUGCAGAAUCGCAUCAAAAAUGAGUUCCAGCGGAAGGGAAGUGUCCUCCCCGGUGAAUUUCAGCGGAAGGGAAGUGUCCUCCCCGGUGAGCUCCAGUGGAAGGGAAGUGUCCUCCCCGGUGAGCUCCAGUGGAAGGGAAGUGUCCUCCCCGGUGAGCUCCAGCGGAAGGGAAGUGUCCUCCCCGGUGAGCUCCAGCGGAAGGGAAAUGCACCCACAGGCCACCUCAAUAGCAGACGUACUCUGCCUGAAUGCAUACUUUGGGAGACUGGUACAUUUUGCAAAAGUCACUCCUCCAAUGGUUUUCUGGAAGGAUACACCAAACAUCUGCAUCAUGGUAGCCAUAGCGUCGAGUCUGACCUCGAUCCAUCUGAUUAUCUACGGGUCCCUGGAAGCUAUUAACAUCCGCAGCAUCAGCUGGUCAAGGGCCUUAAGGCCGGUCUUCCUAAUUAACUUCCCUAAAAGUCGUCAGAUCAGAAGGGCUUUCCGAAGCCUCUGGAACACCCUGCCCAAUAUCACUCGUCUUCCAUUGUUCAUAUUCAGUGUGCUGAUGUUUUCCCUGAUGGCCUUGAAGCUUUUUGGGAAUCAGGGUCUGAAAACAGCAGAGGGAUCACCUUACUUUGAAAACCUUCUGGAGAUAGCACUUGAGCUCUACGUGCUGGUCACUACAGCGAACAGCCCUGACGUCAUGAUGCCUGCCCAUGACUUCAACUGGUGGUAUUCUUUGUACUUUAUAAUCCACAUUAUCAUCAAUACCUACAUCUUAACGUCCAUCUUUCUGGCCAUGGUGUACCGCAAUUAUAGGAAGCACUUAAAGAAUGAGGUUGGCGAACUGGCAUACAUGAAAGGUCAUAAAAUGAUAGAGGCGUUCAACGUUCUGAAAGUCAUGGUGGGCACUGAGUUUGUGGUCGAGGAGGCCCAGUGGAGGUGGCUGGCACUGGUAGUGAUGCCAGACAUGAGCAGGACCCACCUGGAUCUUCUCCUGAGGAUCUCCAAUGAGGGACAGAUGGGGCACAUGGACAAAAUGAACUUUCUACGGUUGGCUGACCUCUUCAACAUCCAAGUGGUCACCAUCAACAUCAAGAGACAUCUGUUGGAAGCCUGGAUACCGCAGGUAUACCAGUUAUCUGCAAGCCUCUUAGUCCAGAAGAUGGUUUGGCAAAGGACUUUUGUCUGGGGUUUUGAUGUCAUCAUUCCAAUAAAUGCCAUAUUCAUGGCUCUGGAUGAGAACCCCUUCAUUUCUUAUGCAGAAUGACUUUUCCUAUCUCUCUACAUCAUUAAGAUACUCCUGAAGCUGUACACGUGUGAGCCCAGAGCCUAUUUCGAAAGGAGGCAGUUCUGGAACUGGUUUGAUACGUUGAUCAUCAUUGCUGCCCUGGCGGUCACUGUGGCCAAUGCCACCAUUCAGUCAGCCAGAGAAUAUAACAGUCAGCAUAUCCUGGAUAUUGUCUUGGUAUUGAGAAUACUCCGGCUCUUAAGGGUCGUCCUCAGCCUUCAAAUGACUCUGUUUUGUCCUAGAUUCUGGGUUUUAGUGACCACAUUAAUCAACGUCGGGCCCACGCUGCUGAUGUUUGGUGGACUUGUCUUUGUGGUCUUCUAUGUCAUUGCCAUCGUCAGGAUGGGAGUGUUCCAUGGCAAAGUUCAAUCCUUUGAUCCGAAUUUCGCUGCUCCUGACGCCCUGGUUUGUGGAAGAGCCUUACAGGGCUCUGCGUUUGCCUGAAGCAGGUACUGCAAGAACAACUUCAAUGACUUGGCCUCUGCAUUUACUGUGCUGACGGAGCUCACAGUGGUUCACCGGUGGCGCAUCCUUCCAGAUGGCUUUGCCCUGGUGACCCACCAGGCUGCAAAGCUGUACUUCAUCUUGUUCCACAUAGUGGUCAUCAUCCUCAUUGUUAAGAUUUUCAUAGCAUUUGUCUCGGAGGCAUUCUUUGUGGCAUAUUCAUUAGAAAAAAGUGAAGUGGAAACUGCUUUUGAAGAGAAGAUUCAAGAGCUCGGAGUGGGAAUCCAAGAGGAAGAAGUACAAGAUGGGAAGCUCACUGAUCACGUGGACGCCAAGGACUGUGGUCUUUGUGAGGAUGAUGAAGACAACAAAAGAAAAGCCUUGAAAGGACUGUCCUGCAGAAUCGCAUCAAAAAAGUGUAUUCCUGCGAAACUCAAUUUAAAAGGGUUGGUGAUAGUAGUUGGAUCCUAUUACUACAAGUGA